AUGGCAUCACCCGACCGUUCUAGCCAGAAACAGCAAGCCCUGUCUUCAUUUUACAACAAGUUUCUGACGUGCCUGGGUGCCACCUCUCCGAUCCUGCUGUGUCCCCUUCUCUUCGAAGGCAGCAAGGAGUCGCGCUGUGGAUUCUGCAUAUCAACGGUGUCUAUCCUGCUGCUCGCCGAAACCCUCCCGGCGCCCAUUACUGCAUUGCUACCGCUCCUUCUAUUCACCGAUCUGGGUCUCGCCGACGAUGCAUGCCUGCAUAUGUCCGCGUUUUCGAAAACCCUUCUGAUGGUAUUAGGAGAAGUGAUGAUGGUGUUCCUCUUGUGCUUGACGAGCGUGUACCAGCGCGUUUCACUGCUGCUCCUGGAGGCAUUCGGUGCUCGACUGCAUGUGGUGGCGCUGAUCUGUAUGACCGCCGCACUGCUGACACCGUUCAUUGUCCACGACACACUCGCCGCCCUGCUCGUACUCUCGCUCGUCAGGAGGCUCGUCGCCGACUACAUGAGUGAAGGCGUCCAGCAGACUGACGAAAGCUUCGCCAGCUAUAUUGAGGACGUCGUCGAAAUUCGUCAACGUUCCAAGGACACCAUGGCCGACGCUGACAAGAUCAAACACAUGCUGAAGGCCAUGGACGAUGGCGCAUUCCAAAUGUUCUUGGCUAAAAAUCCGAGCCCAGUUUUAAAAGUCGUCAGCUUGUGUCAAAGCUACGACAAGCUGAAAACCAACGCACCUUGA